UGCAGUCACUGAAGAGACUGUUGCCUGCCUAUCUCUCUGUCCUGGUGAGUGAAAUGUGCUUCUGUCUUGCACAGCGAGCUGAGGAUCUGAUAGUUUCCGUCGGUAGCCACAGCAGCAGCCACAUGAUGCUCUGCAUGAGGAAGAACUUUUUUGUUUUGUUUUGUUUUGCUUUGUUUGACAAUGAUGCACAGGCUUCUGUCAUGUGCACAUAAGAGUUCUCUGGACUGGAAAUACUGGCGUUGAGAAAACUUAUUUUCCUCGACUUGAACUGCGUUUGAAUUACAUAAUGAAUAAUCAAUCGAUGACAGGGAGAACCAUGGUCCCGACCAUUCCCUCUAUUAUGUUCAUUUUCGGGGUGGUUGGGAAUGUCAUCGCCAUCGUGGUUCUUUGUAAAUCUCGCAAAGAGCAGAAAGAAACAACGUUUUACACGCUGGUGUGUGGGCUGGCGGUCACGGACCUGCUGGGCACACUGCUGGCCAGCCCGGUCACAAUCGCCACUUAUGUGAAAGGGUCGUGGCCCGGUGGGUCGUGGCCUGGAGAAGACCCGCUGUGUCAGUACUUUGGAUUCACUUUGCUCUUCUUCUCUCUGGCGGGGCUCAGUAUCAUCUGUGCCAUGUCGGUGGAGAGGUACAUCGCUAUAAACCAUGCAUACUUCUAUAAUGAUUAUGUGGACCAAAAACUAGCUGGGUUGACGCUCCUGGCGAUCUACAUCUCCAACGCGCUUUUCUGCGCCCUGCCGAUCGCCGGAUUUGGACAGGUGAAGAAACAAUACCCGCAAACUUGGUGUUUUUUAGAGUGGAGGAGCAACAAAACCAGCGAUGCAGCCUACUCCUACAUGUAUGCGGGUUUCAGCUCGCUUCUUAUUCUCGCCACUGUCAUCUGCAACGUGCUGGUGUGCGGGGCUUUGAUCCGGAUGCACCGGCGCUUCGUGCGCAGGAUGUCGCUGGGAACCGACCUUGGACGCAACGAGGACCCGCCGAGAAGAGGACGCAGCUUUGGACGUCUGGCCGGUGCAGAGAUUCAGAUGGUCAUUCUGCUUAUAGGCACUUCGGCAGUGGUGUUGAUCUGCUCCAUCCCACUUGUUGCUCAGGUGUUUUUGAACCAGCUGUACAAGACUCCAGUGGAGCUGCGGUUGGACAAAAACCCUGAUCUACGAGCUAUACGCUUCGCCUCUUUCAACCCCAUUCUUGACCCCUGGAUCUACAUCCUGCUCCGCAAGGCUGUCCUCCUCAAAGUCAUUCAGAAACUCAAGUGCUUAUUUUGCAAGAUGGGAGAACGGAGGCAACAGAGGCAGGGGAACUUCCACUGUAUAGACGCUCAUCAACUCUCCUCAGCCAUCUCUAACAGGGACUCACACUCCCUGGUUUCCCACGACCUGCGCGACUUCACCAGCAGCUCUCAGACCUUCCUCUACCUGCCAGAGGGAGGUGAAGUGUACAAAGGGAGCUGCCAUAAAGCAGACAAACUCUCUGGUUCACAACAUUCAUCAGUCAGAAACUCGCAAGCAUCUUAUACGUCUGAGCUGUGCAGCACUGAGGCUAAAGAAGGGACAAAUGAUAUUAGGGACAUUUCAGCUCUGCCAUGCCCGAAAGACCCAGCACUGCAUGUGUCGUUGAGCACUGAAACAGUGGAGGAGAAAUGUAUUUGACUGAACUCUGAAUUAUGAGAAAGUUCACAGUUCGCUUAUAUCUGCUGGAGGACUUCUCCAAAAACUUUAAAACCUCUGAAUAAAUGAGGGAAGGCACAUAAAAAUGACUAAUUGUGAAGUCGGGCACAUGAAGCAAGAAAAAAAGAGAAACUGUUGUUCUCUGUUCCAGUACACAGCUACCUCAACUGUGACUAUCUCUGACUGUUUGAGCAUUAAAAAAACAUUUUUCCCUCAUCAGAGAUGACCCACUUCUUCAUGACUCAAGUGUCAGUGAUGGAAAAGCUAUUUUUCUAAUUUCAGCUACUUUAUUCAAUCAUUGUGGAAACCUUUACUGUAGGUAGAUGAGGCACAUCUUGUGGUUAAUGUGGUAAUUGAAAACAGUAUUGAAUGUGAGUAAUCACUCGCAUGAGUGCUGCCAUUGUAAGAAUUGAUUUGUUUAACAAACUAAAUAUUGUACAGUGCUUCUUGAAGGACAUGUGUUAGUUCCAUGACUAAUGCACAGUGCAGUAUUAUUAUGUGGCAAACGUGUAUGUUCCUCAGCCCUUAAAUACACACACACGUCAUCUCAAAUUAUAAAAAUGGUGCCAUACUUAUCAAGCCUUUUUUCCAAAGAUGUGGUGAAAUGUGGGGAAAUGUGGUGUAAAUCUGUGGACAGAUGUUGCUUAAUGAGGAGUAUUAACAUGAAGAUAUUUCAACACAUCUGUCAGCUUGUGUAAAAUGCUGUUCUGGAUGAUUAAUGAUGUGCAAAAUAUUGUUUGAAAUAAAAUUGUUCUUCUCUAGGAGAAGGGUUUAGUUGAUAAAUCACAACUCUUAAAGGGAUUAAUCUACCCUAAAAAGUAUUAGUGUGAUCAUGAUCAUGAAUCAAUAGAUUCCAGCAGUAAAAUCAGGACUUUACAAGAUGUUUUGUAUCAGUUCAAAAUAUUUUAAUGUACUGGUUCUUAUGAUUUCCAACGAAAAGUAUGCACAAGAUUUUGUAUCACACCAGUCACUGUUUUAAACGUGAUGAUCGCUGUAUUAACCACAUUGUUAAUGUUGUGGAACAGAGUUAUUUUGUAAGGUUUAGGCACCAAAACAACUUCUUUAAGGUUCAGGGGAAAGAUGCAUAACUCAUCUUUUCACAGCCAGACACAAGUAUUUGUCUCCCAGUCUCAUGGUUGAGAGCUGGAGUUCCUUUGGUCCAUCCUCCACCCCUCUCAGCCACUCUGACCUCCAUGGCUUUUUAUACUAUGUCACCUGACAACAUUUUGUUGGAAAUGAUACACUAUCAAUGAAAACAGCCUGUAAUGUUAGGGCUGCGACUAACAGUUAUCUUAUCAACAUGUCAGAAAAUUGUGAUCCUCUACUUCGCCACAUUUUUUCCAAUGGCAGGAUUCCCCUUAUUUCAUGUCUGAUAAUGUUACUCAAUUGACACCUUCAGCACUACAUAUAAUAGACUGAACUUUUGAACUCCUGUUUGCUUGAGCUUUCCCACCCAAAUGAGCUUUAUGUCUCAGUUUCAGCAGCUUUGACGCACACAGUCUGCCUCCUUUUCCCUUUUAUUAAGUCGGCUCCAGACUGUUGCUUCAUGUCACGGAUUACAUUCUUGCCUUUCUUGUUUCUCUUGUUCCUGUUAAUUUUAGACAAGCUUGUUCGUGUGGAUAAAUGCUGGGAAUCACGCCCCUCAAGACUGUACAGUAUAAUGACAAUUUGAGUUUUACAUACAAGCGGCCUAUUAAACAAGGUCUUUUAAUUUAUUUUUUUAAUCUGAUCUUUUAAUUAUGCACUUUAUUUUGUAUUUUGUUUAUAUUGUAAUGUAAAAUUAAAUAUGUGGACAUAUA